UACUGCUGAGGAAGAGGGCUUAAGUGUUUGUGCCAUGGAAUUGGAAAAGAACAGUGAUAUUAAAAGCAAAAAAAGAUGCUUCAGUCAGACCUCCCUUCUUUCUUCUUACUCUGAGAAAGCUGAGCAGAUGCUCAUCGGAGAUGUUGCAGCAGGACCCAACCACUCUGUUUUUGGCCAGGCAUGUUCUGCCAAUGUUCCUGAAUUAAAGUUGUCAGAGGAAAAUUUACCUUAUUUAAUUUCAUACUCAGAUGCAGAUCUUGACAUGUGUAAUAAAAAGAGAAUGGGAAUUUGCUGUGCAAAGGUAGAUGAAAACAAGAAAGAAGCUGAAGGGUUGGAAAGGGCACGUGAUGAUACGCACUUCAAUUGCGGGGGGUGUGAUCAUUGCAGACAAAGUUAUUUGAGUGAAGAUUCACAGCUGGAGUAUCUCAGUGCUCACGAGCAAGAUUUUGAUGAUGAGAAUAGCUCAAGUGAGUUUUCUGAACCAAGGGAAACUAUAAAAAUUGAAACCUUAAGUCUGAUAGACCCCAUUCAUGAAGUUCCAGGGGGUGGAGUCACACAGGAACAAAAUCUCACUGACCUAUUAGAAGAUUGUUGUUCUGCUUCUGAGUAUAUCGUAGAUGACCAGACCUGCCCAGAAGUAGCUACGCCAGAGCUUCCCCACCUGCUUCAGGACUCUCUGUCUCUGCAAGAUUGCAGUGGCAUGACUUGUGAUCAUCAGGAAGAGCAAACAGAGUAUCAUAGUGUUGUUUGUGGAAGUAUACUUGAAAGUCAUUCUCAUGGGGUCUGUCCAAAUCUGUUUGUAUAUGACAGUUUAGAAGAUGGAGAGGUGAAAGACGUGGCACUGAUUGAUGGCACGCUGCCACCCCAAAUGGCUAUAACUGAAGAAGUGUCUGCAAAAACUGGCAGACAUUCACAGCAUCUCAGCGAAGCAAAGCAAUCCUUCACUGUCUCUGAGAGAAAGGGCCCCUGCAGAGCCAUGCAAGUUUGCAUACACGCAGAGGACUUGGAUUUCUGCAGUUGUGAAGAAUCUGGCAUGUGCACACAUGUUACCACCUGCACUGACUGCACUGUAAAGGAUGCUGAAACCCAUAUUGCAAUCUCUGAAAUUCUCACUAGCAAGAAACCCUUUUUUGGGGCGGAUCUUGCAGAUAAAUCCUCCCAUGGAAAUCCCAAUUCUAUGAACUCAGAGCUGGAGCAUUGUGAAAGUUUGGUAAACAUUGCCUGUGCCUCUGCAGUUAACCAGGCUGUUGAUGCAAGUUCUGAUUUUAGAGCUUGCUUUACAACAAGCAGAAGUACCUGUGCUCAGGUUUGUCUCUCGUCCAGAGCUAUUAAUACAGAGAUAACAAUGAUGAACACAUCUCGACUGAUGGGAUGGUGCUGUGAAACCUAUGCAGACGUUGCUUGUAAUACGGACUGCUCGUAUGAAGCUGGUAGGACAGAGGAAAUUCAGUCACAGGUUACCAACACCCUGGAAGAACCCUCAGAUGGCAAUACUGCACUAGCUAAAAGAAGUUCACAAAUUCAGGAACAGCAGGAAUCCAAAACUGAGCCGAGUAGCAGUGACUUAAAGAUGAGCACUGACAGGCCUGUACACCUUGAUGAACAAGCUGUGAAGAAUUCUACAUCAACUGACUGUAAAAAAAUACUGGAGAGAGCAGUUGAAGCAGAAUUGCAGAUUCUAAAUGCUCAUUUUCAGAUGUGUUAUCAGCACUGCUUGAAGAUUUACAAACUAGCUCUGGAGGAAAACACAUGUUUUAGCAGAUUUAAUGAAAAUUCAGAAUUAGAUUCAGCUCUCACAUUGGUUUUGGAAGAGCUGGAAAAGAAUUACAACAGUAUGAAAAUGAAAAUAAAAAUGGGUGCACCUUUAAGUGCACUUUCUCCGCUAUCAGUUGAGAUGAAGUUUUUCCAAAUCUACUGUUCUUAUGUCCCCUCCAAGUUGUUCAGAGAGGAUCUUUGCACUGAGAAGGCACAUGGUUCUGCACAUUCAAGAACCAUACCCAGUUACUUUAUUUCUGUUUCAGGCACAAGAAAAUCUCAUUCUAAAGCACCAGAACUGCAAGAAAGGAAGAUUUCUGACACCAUGGACAAUCCACAGGUUGAAGGUUUAACUGAUGGAGGUGAGCCAAGUGACUCUACUUCAUCCAAGACUUUGGAAGAACAACCUAAAAGUCAGGUUGAGGAACGUGGCUGUGUGAAAAAUGAAGAAGGGAAUGAAGAUUGGUUUGAUGCUAAAGAGAACUUGGCAGUAGCAAAUUCUUCAGUAAUAGCUGAAGACACAAAAAAGCAACAAGAACAAGACACAGUUGAUUUAAGAGAAGCAAAGAGUGGAAACGAGUAUUCUUUUAUUCGUGUUGAUGGCCUAAGUUCCUCAGUGUCAGAGGCUGAUUUAAGAUCACAUUUCCAGAAGUAUCAGAUUUGUGACAUUGUUGUCUCUGUGGAAUCUAAUAACUGCAGAUGCGCACUUCUUUCCUUUAAAGACUUUAGUAAAGCCAAGUUAGCUGUAGAGGAAAUGAACCACAAGAAGAUAAAAGGAAAAGGAGUAAGUGUUAAAAUUGUAAAUACUUCAUCAGAGAGUAAAUAUGCGGUUUCCCAAGUUCUUAAAAAUAAGCUUUCCCAUGAAAUCCAACCUGUUGGGAAGAGUCAAAGAAAUGAUCAAAAUAACGCACUCGCUUCAGCCUCCGAUUCUGUGGAAGCCCCUGUCACUGCUUCUGCUUCUGAGAAAAUAACUUCUUCAAAAACCUCUUGUUCUACACAUGUACCUUCAGAAACAAAGUGCCCUGAUCAGAAACCAUCUACAGAAGAUCCUUAUUUGCUUGAAGUUAAACAAAAGGAUACUGGAGAAAACUUCCUGUUCAAACCAUCUUCUUACUCCAAUAAGUCAUAUGAUGUCUUUAUUUUACCUGAUAAUUUGAAUUUGAGCAGUUUUACCAAAUUAGUUGAGAAACUUAAAGGACUUCAUCCACAGGCUAGCAGAGACACAAUUUUGGCUGCUUUGCUGGAGGUGAGGAAGAACAACAAUGGUAUCCUAAGUGGCUUGUCCAUCAAUACUAUUGUGGCAAGGACCUCUGCCAUUCUAAAGAAAUCCAGUCAGAAGUGAGAAAAGGCAUGUAAAUAAAUGGCUUUCCAACUAUGAAGAACUGAUCAUCUCCCCUUGGAAGAUGAAGAUUUUGCAACUUCCAUCCUUCAGCUUGUUCCGGGAUCGUAUUGUACUUCUUGUUUGGUUUAUUUCAGCAGAUCUUAAUGAAAACUCGGGUAGCGUCACUGUUUCAUGUUCAGUCUUAUCCAAGAGAAUAUAACCUGAAGGUCAGUUUGAGGUGUUUUUCUGUUUAUGUAGAUAUUAAAUGAUUCAUCCCAGUUUUGUUGUUCCCCGUAGUUGGUUCAAGCAUUUCAGCAGGUUUCUCUAAGGUAGAUCACACUUCAGUGAAACAAGACUCCCAAUACUGGCAGGGCUCUUCUAGGCUGGAGUACACAACCCCCAGCUCUGGCAUGCCACUUAAUUUUAGACAUGGUAGUAGCUGCUAAGAUGUUAACAAGUAGCCAACAUGCUUGUGCUUUCCAGAUAAUCUGGUUCUGAAUAGUCUUGUUGAAAUUUCAUAUAUCCUUUGAAUAUCAGGGAGGCACAGAGGAGGCAGCAGGGGCUUUACUGGAGGAAGCUAGGCUUUGGAGCUGGCAGUGCUGGUGCAUUGGUUACCUAACGCAGCGCUGCAGCAGCAUCCUCAUGUCCGUUUUUGACUUAGGAGCGUGUUCCAUGCUGCAGAGCAGUGGUAGGGCUUAAACAGCUCCUUCAGGAUGCAGCCUGGAUUCCCCCCCUCUCAGCCCUCCUGCCCCAAACAGGGCAUUUUCUUAUCUCAUCUCCCACUUGCGUUGUUGCAAGCAGAGAAUGGGCUUCUAAAUCCUUCUUUGUGUGUCCCAUGGUCUGGUAUCUUGGGAAGCAUAUACCCCCUGAAACUUUUGGGUUGGGUUGAUAAAGAGAGAUACUGUACAGAAGAGGUCUAGAUUUUAAAUCCUCUUCUGACAAAGAAAGGCAGCUUAAGUGUAUGCGUCUAGUCUGGGGGUGAGGAGAAUUACCCUUGAUUGACACAGGCUCAUGCUGUGAUAUUGCAGGAAAGACAGUACGCUGCUGUUGUACAUCUCUGUUUAUUUGUUGUACUUAGUUCUAGAUCCCAGCUGCAUUUGCUGUUGAAAACAGCAGCAAAUGUGAAUAAAGGUUACAAUCCCUUCUU